AUGAUCUCAAUUUUGAUUAUCUUGAAAGUAAUUUUGGCUUAAGAGAUGAAAACAAUAACGAUUGGUAAUAGAGUAGAAGGGUAAAAGCAAUUAUUAAUUGAUAGCACUCAAGCUAAAUGGUUAAAUUAGAAUGGAGAUUUUUAUGAAUUAGUAUUGAAUGAAUUAAAAAUGGAUUCGGAUAUAGUAGUAAUGGUAAAGGCAAUAAAUCCAGGAGGAGAUCCAAACAUAUUUAUAUCAAAAUAGAAUAAAUAUGCCAGUAAUUAAAAGGAAGGAGAAAUAGCUUCUUGUUCAUCAAAUGGAAAUGGUAACAAUAAUUCUAUAUUCAAUAAGAUUUGUGUAUAAUUGAUAAAUCUCAAUUGGCAAUAGAGGUUCCUUAUUAUAUAUCAAUAAUAUGUCCAGGAAAUUGCAGGUAUGAGUUGAGAGUGGAUUAUGUUGAAGAAUAUACAUUAGAAAGAGGUAAAAUGUUGGAUAAUAAUAUUAAUUAGAUGAUUUUACAUAAUUAAAAUUAUCAAAUACUUAACAAAGUGAGAUAAUAAGGAUAAAUAUAGGUGAAUACAGUAAAUCAGAGACUGAAUUAGAGAUAGAAAUAAAAGCAUUAAAUAUUUAUGAGUUUGAGUCUGAAUUUUACGUUUAUCUAAAUGAGGGUAGUAUAGUUCCCUCUUCUGAAAAUCAUAAAUAUAAAGCCAAAGAUUCAUGGAGUGGAUCUAAGUUGAUUUCUUUAUUGCUUUAAUAGUUACCACCACAAUCUAAACUUACUAUGUUGAUAUCAGGUUAAGCUGGUGCAAUCUUUUAAAUAAGAACUCGUACUUAUGGAAUUUAAAGAGAAUUAAAGUUUUAGGAAGUUUAUAAUGGAUUAGUGGGGGCUAAUGUUACUAAAAUUUUUAAAGUCAAAAUUUAAGAUAAUAGUUAUAAUAACUUGGAUGAUGUAGAUAAAAAAAUUAAAUGGGUAAAAAAUAAUGGUAUAUUAAGUUUGUAAGAUUGACUCCAUUUGUUGGACAUGCUACUUUAUAUGUGAAUCUUGAUUAUUAACCAGUGUUAUUAGAAUAAUACUUUUAUCAUUUUGAGGGAUAGAGUAAAUAGAUUUUGAUCAUUGAAAAAUCAAAGUUUAAAUAUUAAGGUGAGAAUGAAAGAUAUUUGUAUAUCGCUGUAUUUGGAAAUGAGGUAUGUACAUAUGAAUUGGAAACAGGGAUUCAAGAUUUUGAAUAUCAAUAUAUUAACAUAAAUGUUCCUUAUGAAGGUAUGAUAGAGAAUAACGAGAUGAUUAAUUAUUGGUUUGUAUUGACAGGGAAUAAGUAAAAAGCAGUAACAGUAGAAUUAACAAAUUAUGAAGAGGAAUGUUUUAUGGUGAUAAAAAGAUGUUAAGAUGAGGAAUGUAAAAUAAUAGAAGAUGAUUUAUAAAAUUUAGAAUAGAAAUAUUCUGAUGAUGGAAUGGAUUUAUUUAUCUAUAGUAAUCCAUCAAAGAUUAUAAAUAAAUAGAUGUUGAUAUUUAGUUAUAUACCAGAAUAUUGUAAAUCAUUUGGUGAUUUUUAUAGUUGUACAUAUGUAUUAGCAAUUCAUUAGAGUUUUACGCUUGUUUAAUAAUAAAGUAAAUGUUUUUAUUCUUUAUUAAUAUCUGCUCAAUCUUCACAUGUAAAAUUACGAGAGAACACUCCUCAUAAAUCAAUAGUGGAGAGAGACAAUUAUAAUUAUUUUAAAUUUGGAAUUGAUGAUGUAGACAAUAUAAGUAGAAUAUCAAUAAUUUUAACACCAAUACAAGGGAAUUUUAGAUUGUAUAGUUCAAGAGUAGAGAAGAGACCUGAUAAAGAAAGAUUUGAAAAGUAAGGAGUGAAUAAUAUGAUUCGUUAUGGUGGUUAUAAUGAGAAAGUUGAAAAGGGAAUUUACUAUAUAUCAGUAUUUGGAUAGAGUUCUGGAUUAUAUACAAUAGCAGUAAUAGUUAUAAGGGAAGGUGAAGAUAUAAGAGUGAAAGGGAAGUUUGCUUGGUAGUAUAUUCAGUUAUAUGAAGGGAGUCCAUAAGAUUUUAGUUUAUUUAGUGAAGAAGUAGGUUUAUAUAAAAUAGAUUUAAUAAGUUAUCUUAGUGUAGAUUAGAGUAGAUAGACAUAUUAAGAGACAGUAAAGAUUGAGAUUUUACAUGAAUCAGGUGAAUUAUAACUUUAUGGAUUUGAUCAUCCAUCAACUAAUUUAAGUGAAUCCAGAUGGAAUAGUACUGAAGAAAUAGAAAUAUAGUUUAUAGAUGAUAAUUAUCCAGAGGUCAUUUAUUUAAGAGUAGAACCAACUAAACCUUUUAGUUAGGUGUAAUUUAGAAUUAUUUAUAGAAUUGGAUGGAAAAGUAACAUGCUUGUUUUAAAUGAAAAUUUCUAUACUUGGAUUGAAAAAGAUGAGUAUUAAUAUUUUCAUUACACCUUCUUCAAAAAUGAAGAUGUUCAACUUACUAAAAGAGCUCAUUCACAUAGAGACAAUGAACUUAAUGUUACUAUAUUCAUUGGGGAUUCUUAACAUUAAUUGACAAAUGGAACAGUGGUUUUGAGUCCUUCUAAUAUGCCUUUAGAUAAAUGUAAAAUCUCUGCUGCUGAACUCUAUUAUUGUUAAAUUUAUAUUUAAGUCUUUAGUCCAGUAAGUACAUUCUAUUCAUUAUUAAUAUCCAAAGAUGACUCAUAAAUUUAACUUACUAUUGAUGAACCUAUUACAAGGAACCUGCCUAUUACGUACCAUCAUUAUUACUUAUUUUAUUAAUAACCUUAUGAUGUCAUUAUCAAUGUUGUUAAUUUUGCAUACCCAUAACCAUUACAAAUCUUAGUUUCUUAUUUUGAUAUUAAUCAGUAUCCAAAUAAAGGAAUCUAUGAUUAUCCUUUAGAUACCCAAUCCAAAAAUGUUAUUGCUUUUUCAACAACACUUCUUGGCCUACCAAAUAGUUAAAUUACACUCACUUCUAAUUAACUUCAAUAAUGUUAUUCCAAUUGUGUUCUAGCUAUCACUGUUAAAUUAAUUGAAGAUCUAAAAUAUCAUUAAACUCCUAAUUCUAUUUAUUCUAUUUAAUAUUCAUCUGGAGCUACCUUUUUACCAGAAUCAAUCCCUUACUAUGGAAUCACACAAAAAGAUACUAUUAAAUACUAUCAAGUUUAUGUCUAUGAUAAUGAUACCAAUCUUAUGAUAGUACUUACUCCUAUGUCAUCUUGCGAUGUUAAUAUUGUUGUAAGUAAAGACACUUAUCCAAAUGCUCGAUAAUAUCAAUGGGCAUCAAAUGACUAUUUGGGAGAUUAAUUAGUUAUUGAAAGUGGUAAUCCUGUUGAACCAAAUAUGGCUGGCCUAUACUUCAUAGGAGUUAUUGCAGAUUAAUAAUGUUCUUAUAACAUUGUAUAUUAAACUGGUAGAUUUCAUUAUUACUAAAUUUAAUAAGGAAUACCAUAUAAUCUUGUGCUUAAACAUGGAGAAAUUGCUUAUUUUAAAUAUCAAUAGUACAUAGUUGAAGAUUUCAAAAUUUUAUUCAAAACAUUAAGUGGAUCAGCCCAAUAUUUUAUAGAAGAGAUAUCUUUAGAUUAUAAAGAUUCAAUUAUUUUUGUGAAAUAAAUUGAUACAUUUCAAUUUAACAAUGAUGGAAAAGGAUAUACUAAGGAAAUGAAAUUUUCUCCAAAUGAUCGAAAUAAUUAUUUAAUUGCUGUGAGAUCAGAUGAAUAUUCUGAUUUUGUAAUAGCCAUCUAAGUUAAAUCAUAAAAAGUAUAUUUAGCAAAAGAUGUAAUAAUGAUAAAUUAACUUGAUCCAAAUGAAAGUUAAUCAUAUAGUUAUUUCAGUAAUUAUGACUCUUCAUUUAAAGUCGAAGUCUUAGAUGGAAAAAUAAAAGUUGAAUAUAUGAGUUAUGCUUCAAAAAAUAAGACAGAAGAGUUUGUUAGUAAAGAAUCUGUAGGCUCAAAUUAUUUUGAAGCAUAAAUGGCUAAUUCAUCUAGUUAAUUUGAAAUUAAAAUCAGUGCUUUAGAUAAAAUUGCUACUUAUAAGAUUUAAUGCAGAGAUGUAUAAAGUCCGAUAGCAAUAACUGUAGGUGAAGCUUAUAUAAUAUAACUAAACCCAAAAUAAUUACAAAAAUUAUCGUAUAGUAGUGUUUAAUAAGGAGAUGAUAAUAGUUUUACAAUCUUAAUUUCUAUGUUUUUUAAUACAUUGUCAAAAACUGAAUAUAAUAAGUAUAAGAAAGCAAUCCCAAAGAUUUUAGUCAAAUAUACAAACUAAGAGUAAAGAUCUCAUCAAAUUAUCCCACUAAAAGAAACAUAAAUAUAAGAACAUUAUUAUGUUGAAUUCUAGGAAUAGGCUGGAGAUUAUGAAAUUGAAGUCCUUAAUAAUGAUGAUCAUCUAACCCUCGAUUUUAACUUAAUACUUAGUAAUAGUUAACUUAAUGUCUUGAUUCCAAAUAAAAAAAGCAUAAGCCUUUUAACAAAUAAGCCUUAAUAUUGGGAAUAUUAUUGUCCAUCUGAAGGAUAACUCCUUUUAUAGGUUUAUUAAUGUGGAUUACCUUUAAAUCUAUUUGGUUCUAAUGAUAUGUUUCUUUUAAAGAAUGGAUAAUAUUAAAAGCAAUAUCAAAUAAAUGAUAGUUUAAUAGACCUAAUUGAAGUCAAAAGAUCUGGUUAUUAUUAUUUAUUAGCAAGUCCAAUCAAUUCUUUAAUAGAUUAAACAUCUCCAUUUAAAAUAACUGCUUAACUUGUAAAAUAAGAUUCUUAUAUUCCAAUUGAUGAUAUUAAACCUGGAAAUUAAGGAAAUUUGACUUGGUAAAUAUAUAGAGAUGACGAUAAAUAUUAUCUCUAAGUCUUUGGAGCUGCAUUAUUUGUAGAAAAGAAUCCAAACUUUAAAUUACUAUAUGUUUCAUACACAUUAUUUUAUUAAUACACUGAUGAAAAGAAAAAUUUAUCUGUUGAUUAUUGUUUCGAUCAUUAUAAUUUUCAAACUAUUUCUGAGUACUAAUCUAUAAAGAAUUUCACUUUAAUUCAAUUGUUAGAUUAAGAAAAACUUGUUGACGCUCAAAUGAUAUAAUUUAAUAUCUAUGCUGAUUGUAAUUUUAAUUUCACUAUUUUUAGCUACCGUUUAAUUAAAAAAUUUAGAAUUAGUUCAUAUAGAAAAAUUCUAUAAUCCAAUCAAUGUUCCAAAUGAGUUUGUGAAGUAACUCAAAUGGAGCAGAUAUAUGAAGUAUACUUUUCUUUUUUCUAUAAUAUUUGUUCUACUAUACACAUUGUACAAUUAUUUUAGAAAGAAAAAUGAAAAAUAAUAGUAUUAUAUUUAAUUAUCAUAGAAUGAAAUUCGAAGCAACUGAAUAUCCUAAUAUAGAAAUGCAAUACAGAGGAUUAAGUGAUUGA